AUGUCGGAAGACACAGUAAUUGUCGCCGAAGUGGCCCCUGCGGAAAGCAAGCCCGCGGAAGCACAGCCCGCUCCCGCUCCCGCUCCAGCUCCCGCUCCUGAGCCCGAACCAGCACAUGAACCAACACACGAACCAGCACCCGUACCAGCACCCGUACCAGCACAGGAAUCAAAGGCAGCCACUGCCGCAGCACCUGUCAAGUCGACGAUUGAUGCUCCAGAGUUUUCAUGGCUGAAACCGCACCCGACCUUUGUAAUACUACUCAUCGGCCCCGAUGAGCAGCCGUUUGGACUCCAAAAAGACUUUCUGUGCUACCGAAGCGGCUACUACAGAAGAUACUUUGCCGAACACAAGGAUGAGGAGAAGCUGGAGCACGUGGUCAAGCUGCCCGACACGUCGGUGCAGGUAUUUGGACUGGCGCAGCAUUUUCUCUUUACAGGGGACGUUAUUGCCGACCUGAGAGCGACGCCGUCCUACGAAGCACUGGUCAACUUGUGGAACUUGGGAUACAAGCUCGAGAUUGAAGGUUUGUGCGAUCGGGCUCUGGACGCCAUGACCGAAUGCAGGAAAGCUACGUCGCGCAUACCUUCCACGCCGCUGCUGGUGCAGGUGUGGAAAGAAGCCCCAGAAGGCUCGACAAUCAGGACGCUUUUGCUCUCGUGGACAGCCGAGUAUAUGAGAUCGUCGGCUGCGAGAGCCGAGUUUGCCAAGUCGUUACCACAAGAGGUAUUGAGCGAGCUGGUCGUCGCCAUGAGCUCGUUUGAGCGCAACAGCCUCGGCGAUCGAUCACAGGGCGCAGCGCAGCGAAAAAAUGUACACUAUCUGGAGGCCGCGGACGAUGAGGAUGCUCUUGCUAGCGCGAAGAGGAACAGACGAGUCAGCGCGGCUCCCACUCAACCAGCGACCAUUGUUCGCUCAGACUCUGCGCCCACGUCCAAGAACCGAACACCGCUCCCCAAGCCGCAAAAGAGACGGUCCGGGGCGGCCUACCUGGAGGGGCGCACGUUUUCCACAGCGUCCAAGCUGGACUUUUGCGCCGACCUGCUGACGCGCAUGCUCUCGGGGCCGGGCUUCUGGACGCGCCUCGUCGGCCCGUUUCGCGAUCCCGUCGAGCCGGACGAGGACGGCGUGCCCGACUACUUUGACAAGGUGAAGCGGCCGAUGGACCUGAUGACGAUCAAGAGCAAGAUGGACCGCAAGGCCUACAAGGACGACGAGGAGUUUGCGGGCGACGUGCGGCAGAUCUUCGACAAUUGCUUCACGUACUGGAAGGCGGGCCAGCCCAUGUACGAGGCCGGGGAGCGUCUGCAGCGGACGUUUGAGGACAAGUAUUCACACAUGAACAAGUGGAUUGCCAAGAUGGGGGGCGAAGAUGGAGAAUAG